CCGAAAAUAAAGAAAUUCUGCAGCUUAGCUUCUGAAAGAUUAGAAUUUCUCCGAUCUCUUUGUUUUUUAACUUAAAAUUCUAUCAUCACUCAAUACUCUAUUGCCUAUAGUCACUAUCAGUGAUGUAACAUAACAAAAAAUGUAUCAAUGAAAGAAAUUUGAGUGAUAAGAUGGAGAAAUAUGAAACCGAAGAAAAACUGGGUGUAGGAGCUUGUGGUGCUGUUUAUUUAGUCAAACAUGUUGAUACUAAAAGACAGUAUGCCCUGAAGAAAAUAGAAAUUGAUGAUAAAAAGAAGACAAGAACUAAAGAAAAUGUUUUAAAGGAAGCAAGUAUUUUAGAGAAAUUAAAACAUCCCCAUAUUGUUGGUUUUUAUGAAUCAUUUCUUCAGAAUGAUGGCCAGUUUUUAGUUAUAUUACAAGAUUAUUGUGAUGGUGGAACCAUACAAGACAAAGUACAUCAAGCUCAGAGGGAGAAUUCUCCAUUUGAAGAAAAACAGAUUGUACAGUGGUUUAUACAGAUAGUAAUGGCCGUCCAAUACAUACAUUCUAAUAAAAUACUUCAUCGAGAUUUAAAGACAGAAAAUGUAUUUUUAACCAAGAAAAAUGUGGUCAAAAUAGGUGAUUUUGGUAUUUCCAAGUCUCUCGAAAACACAAUCGAUGUUGCUAAAACAGUUGUUGGAACUCCAUCUUACCUCAGUCCUGAACUCUGUCAAGAUAUACCCUAUAAUUCUAAAUCUGACAUCUGGGCUCUGGGUUGUAUUUUAUAUGAACUCUGUUCUCUCCGUCCACCUUUUGAUGCCCAAAGUCUUUUAAGUUUAUUCUUCAAAAUUAUCAAAGGAGAGUUUGAGCCGAUUCCGUUCAGUUAUUCAAGUGAUCUCCACAAUUUAGUUUGUAGUUUGUUAGAAAAGUCCCCUGAAGACAGACCAAGUGCCAGUGCCAUUCUGAAUCUUCCAAUAAUCAAACAGCAUUUAGCAGGAUUUAUUGAAGAGAAACAGAAUCUUCUACAGCAAAGAGUACAAAGGGGAGAUAACUCUUCCAGUAAAUCGCCUGGGGUACAGAAAAUCAUUAAAUCUAGGUAA